AUGCCAGAGCCAGCGAAAUCCGCACCCAAGAAGGGAUCCAAGAAAGCCGUUACUAAAACGGCAGGAAAAGGGGGAAAGAAGCGUAGAAAGACCAGAAAGGAAAGCUAUGCCAUCUACGUGUACAAGGUCCUGAAGCAGGUCCACCCCGACACCGGUAUCUCCUCGAAGGCGAUGGGCAUCAUGAACUCGUUCGUGAAUGACAUCUUCGAGCGCAUCGCUGGAGAGGCUUCUCGCUUGGCUCACUACAAUAAGAGGUCCACCAUCACCUCCAGGGAGAUUCAGACCGCAGUGCGUCUGCUUCUGCCCGGUGAGCUGGCCAAGCACGCCGUGUCCGAGGGAACUAAGGCCGUUACCAAGUACACCAGUUCUAAGUAAA